AUGGCUGCUAUGCAUGAUGAUGGUGGUGAAGUGAGUUUUGAAGAAGGAAUGCUCUGGUUACCGUCUCAUGUUCUGGAUGAGGCAUGCGGCACUACUAAGAAAGGUUUGAGGAACCGACACCAGAAGGUCCCAAACCAUCAGCAAAUGCGUCAGUCCGAUAGGCAAAAAUCACCUGGAGAGCCAAAAUCGCAGUUUGGUUGGAAAAUGCAGAACUCAAAAUCUACCUAUAGAUCUUCGUAUACAAGGCCAAAACUUGUCAAUGGUGGACCAGGAAUGCGAGUUAUUUUCUUGGGAUCAGCUCAUAGAUCUGGUGGCACUGGUGUAUUCUUGCCCCAAAGAGCAGGCUCAAACUUCCAACCAAGUAAGAGGCCAGCUUGUGCUCCUGUCCUCCUUCCAGCCCGAGUUAUUCAAGCUCUGAAUCUUGAUGUGCAUGCAUUAGGUGUGCAGAUUUCACCCCCGCAAGUUCGGAGACAUAACCCAAUAAUAUGCAGAGAGGCAUACAACAACAAUUCAAAAGAAAAGAGAAGUGAUCAGAAAGAAGCGUCCAAGCAAUGCAGUAUUAUUUCUCAGAAUCGAAGUUCUUCUCCAGCUAUAUUUCUCCCAAAGGAAUGGACUUACUAA